UACGCCGAGUGAUGACGUUCCCUCAUUGGGCGGAAGGUUCGCUGGCAGUCGUCGGUCCUCCAGCUGGUGGGAGUUAGCUUCGCAGCACUGAGUGCUGGGACCCUAGUUUAUAUUGUUCCAGAAGUUGGUUUGUGAAGUCUUGCCUGUCUGUUUGCGCGAAGCUUAUCUGGUCUUCCUUCUAAGGCGUGGGGCCUCGCGAAGGACUCCCCGGCCCUUUUGGGCCACGGCUUUAGCAGUGGCAUUUGCGAGUUCCUCAUAAGCACAUCUUAAAACCUUCAAGAUGGUUCUAGCAGAUCUAGGAAGAAAAAUAACAUCAGCAUUACGCUCGCUGAGUAAUGCCACCAUUAUCAAUGAAGAGGUAUUAAAUGCUAUGCUAAAAGAAGUAUGUACAGCAUUACUGGAAGCAGAUGUUAAUAUUAAACUAGUGAAACAACUAAGAGAAAAUGUUAAGUCUGCAAUUGAUCUUGAAGAGAUGGCAUCUGGUCUUAACAAGAGAAAAAUGAUUCAACAUGCUGUAUUUAAAGAACUUGUGAAGCUUGUGGAUCCUGGAGUUAAAGCAUGGACACCCACGAAAGGAAAACAGAAUGUGAUAAUGUUUGUUGGGUUGCAGGGGAGUGGGAAAACAACAACAUGUUCAAAGUUAGCAUAUUAUUACCAGAGAAAAGGUUGGAAGACCUGUUUGAUAUGUGCAGACACAUUCAGAGCAGGGGCUUUUGACCAAUUAAAACAGAAUGCUACCAAAGCAAGAAUUCCAUUCUACGGAAGCUAUACAGAAAUGGAUCCUGUUAUCAUUGCUUCUGAGGGAGUAGAGAAAUUCAAAAAUGAAAAUUUUGAAAUUAUUAUUGUUGAUACAAGUGGCCGCCACAAACAAGAAGACUCUUUGUUUGAAGAAAUGCUUCAAGUUGCUAAUGCUAUACAACCUGAUAACAUUGUCUAUGUGAUGGAUGCCUCCAUUGGGCAGGCUUGUGAGGCCCAAGCUAAGGCUUUUAAAGAUAAAGUAGAUGUAGCCUCAGUAAUAGUGACAAAACUUGAUGGUCACGCAAAAGGAGGUGGUGCACUCAGUGCAGUUGCUGCCACAAAAAGUCCAAUUAUUUUCAUUGGUACAGGAGAACAUAUAGAUGACUUUGAACCUUUCAAAACACAGCCUUUCAUCAGCAAACUUCUUGGUAUGGGUGACAUUGAGGGACUGAUUGAUAAAGUCAAUGAGUUGAAGUUGGAUGACAAUGAAGCUCUUAUAGAGAAGUUGAAACAUGGUCAGUUUACGUUGAGAGACAUGUAUGAACAAUUUCAAAAUAUCAUGAAAAUGGGCCCCUUCAGUCAGAUCUUGGGGAUGAUCCCUGGCUUUGGAACAGAUUUUAUGAGCAAAGGAAAUGAACAGGAGUCAAUGGCAAGACUAAAGAAAUUAAUGACCAUAAUGGAUAGUAUGAAUGACCAAGAGCUGGACAGUACAGAUGGUGCCAAGGUUUUUAGUAAGCAGCCAGGAAGAAUCCAAAGAGUAGCCCGAGGAUCAGGUGUGUCAACCAGAGAUGUUCAGGAACUUUUGACACAAUAUACCAAGUUUGCACAGAUGGUGAAAAAGAUGGGAGGCAUCAAAGGACUUUUCAAAGGUGGUGACAUGUCUAAGAAUGUGAGCCAGUCACAGAUGGCAAAAUUGAAUCAACAGAUGGCCAAAAUGAUGGAUCCAAGAGUUCUUCAUCACAUGGUGUGUGACUUUCUUGGAGAGAAGAUUGCAUCUGUUUUGGGGAUCAGCACUCCUAAAUACCAAUAUGCCAUUGAUGAAUAUUACCGGAUGAAGAAGGAGGAAGAAGAAGAAGAAGAAGAAAACAGGAUGUCUGAAGAAGCAGAAAGACAGUUCCAGCAGAGUAUGCCGCAGGCUAAUUCCAUUGUUCAGAUGGAUCAGCCAGAUACAGUGGUAUCCACUUCAUUUGUGAAUCUUAAUUUUGAAAUGGAGGAAGACUGUGAAGCAACUGCAGAAUGCAAACAAAAUUCAGGCUCUGUCCCACCAUAGAAUGGAACGACUACGUUUUGAAUGCUAAUUUGGGGGGGGUGGGUGCCAGGAACUUUCACAUUCCCUAUUCAGUCAAAUUUAAAACAAUUAUUUAUAUUUUAAAUAUUAACUUAUCUGGAAAGGAAAAAAUGUUUCUUUAUUCUUAGGCUUUAUUUUGUAAAAGUCAGAUCUAAUCUUUGGAUAUUUCUACUCUGCUUUCACUGUGUGAUGAGUUAGUGCUUUAGCUGUUCUUUUUUGGGGGGUAGUGCUGGGGAUCAAACCCAGGGCAUGUUAGCAAGCAUUGUACCCCUGAGCUACACCCUCAGCCCAGUGUUUUGGUUUUAAAAUGAUCCUUAAAAAAAAAUUAAAGCCUUAAUAAAUUAAGAAGAAUUAAAUUAGCAAGCUUGUCUGUUAUUUGUAGAUUUAUGAAAGAGAAAAUUAUUGAAUAAGGUUAACUGGAGUCAGUAAUCCUACAAUUUCAAAUUAAAAUGACUAUUUCCGGGGCUGGGGGUUUAGCUCAGCGGCAUAAGCACCUGCCUUGUAAGCAAAUGUUCGUGAGUUCGGUCCCCGGCACCGAUAAAAAAUGAAAAAGACAAAAAAAAAAUUGAAUAAAAAAAAAAAAAAAUAAAAAAAUAAAAAAAAUAAAAUGACUAUUUCCCCCCUUGGACUUUCCUAUGUUAUGCCUUGUAUUAUAAGUUUUACAUUUAAUAUGUCUGUUAAUUUUACACUGAUGAUGGUUCACAGAAUGUGUAAUAAAAUAAGCACAAUGGAAGCA